AUGACCUCGACCGCCUCUUCUCCCACGAGCGCAAGCCUCAAGCGAGCGUAUCAGGCCGACGAGCCCUCUGUGGCCCCUACCAAGUCACCUCCACAUAGUUCGUUGUCGGCCACUUCGGCCUUCAGAAACGUUUCUGCAUGCAAUCGUUGUCGCGUCCGCAAGAAUCGCUGCGACCAGCGACUACCUGCCUGCAGCACCUGCGAGAAAGCCAAUGUUAGCUGUGUGGGCUUCGACCCCAUCACAAAGCGGGAGAUUCCUCGAAGCUAUGUCUACUACCUCGAGACGCGCCUGGCGUACUUCGAGCAGCUGCUCAAGGCCAACGGCGUAUCCUUUAACGCUGCAGACGUCUAUGGGGCAGAGUCCAAGGAGCUAGGAGAUGCCAGUCAAUCGCCUGCCAGCAUAAAGACAGCGUGGCUAGGGUCACAGUCUCCUGCCAAAGACUCGCCGCAGGCCAUCAAACAAGAAGAAUGGGACAAGAAGCAAGAUGACGCUGAAAGUCUCAACAAGUUGGUGUCGAACAUUGGAAUGGUCUCGGUUCAAGGCGCAUCCGAUGCCCGCUACUUGGGUUCGACGUCCGGUAUAUCGUUUGCGAGGGUCGUCCUGGCCGCCGUCAAGAGCUCAGUGUCCAGCAACAAUUCAGAAAGAACCGGGAUGCGACCUAGUCGUCCGGUGUCGAACAAUGUCGCGACGUCCGGAGGUAGCUCGAUGAGGGACUCUUACUUUGGUCUUCAGACGAAUCCAACCAUGAGAGAGGCUCCUUUCCCGGAUAGAGAACUCGGAGCCAAGCUUGUCAACCUUUACUUCGAGCAUGCAAAUCCCCAAAUCCCCAUACUUCACCGCGGCGAGUUCAUGGAUUUGUUUGAGCGUACUUAUUCCACCGAGCCGUCAAGACGAACCAGUCGCGAAUUAUAUCUUCUCAACAUUGUCUUCGCCAUUGGGGCCGGCAUCAUCUGGGGUUCGUCUGAUCCGCAGCCGAAUUCACACCAAGGGGAUUACAUGUCGAAAAGGCCAAGGUUAAGCAGCCAACAGGCUCAGCCAGAGGAGUACCAUGCCUCGGCAAUAGUCAACCUUGGUUCGUUUUUGAGUGGCAGCUCAUCUUUGGAAUCAGCCGAACGCUCGAAUGGCGACUUGGAGGAACUUCAGGCUGUCUUACUGCUUUGUGGCUUUGCCCUCCUGAGACCAGUGGCUCCUGGUCUAUGGUAUAUCGUCGGCGUAGCGAUGAGGUUGGCUGUCGACCUUGGCCUACACUAUGAGGACGGGUCUGCUCUCGACGAUGACACUGAAGGGCAAAGUACCACGGGCAACGGGUUCAAUAACAUGGACUCCGCAACCAGCAGACAUGUAGAUGCUAAACAAAAAGGACGACGGGAGUGGAUUCGUGAUUUACGCCGACGGCUGUGGUGGUGCACGUACACGUUCGACCGUCUCGUCAGUGUAUGCGUGGGUCGACCCGUCGGUAUCACCGAUCAAGUCGUGACCACCGAGUUUCCCUCGUUGCUGGACGACAAAUACAUAACGCCAAAUGGCUUUUCAUACCCAAGAACACCAAACGAGCCCACUUAUAAGCGCGUGGCUCAUCAUUAUCUACGACUCCGGCUAUUACAAUCGGAGAUCCUUCAGGUGCUACAAUAUCAGCAGGCGCAACAAGCGCGCCGCAAUGGCAGCAACCGACGAAACCAGUUCAUGCACACCAAACUUCCUUCGCCCUUUAUGAGCAGAUUCGACUCGUUCCGCUCGUGGAGACGAGACAUCGAUCAGCGCCUAUACGACUGGAAGGAGUCUGCACCCGAAGCCGCUGAGACUGGUGUCGGCUUCUCAAUACAGUUUCUAGAACUGAACUACUGGCAAGCUGUGAUCAUGUUGUAUCGGCAGAGCCUGAGUGUCCCAGCACCCCUGGCGAACGAGCUGAGUCCAACGGAGGAUGUUUCUAGCCCUUCGAGUCUCAGGAUCGAGGAGAAGGAAGACGAGGACCUCGUGUUUCUCAAAUGUGCCGAGGCGGGCCAGAAGACCUUGAAGCUCUAUCGGCAGCUCCACCGCCUGCGCCUCGUCAACUACACCUAUCUCGCAACUCACCACCUCUUCAUGGCUGGUAUUUCAUUCUUAUACGCCGUUUGGCAUUCACCGGCCGUGAGAGCCCGAUUGACUCUUGAUGAUUUCGACUUUACAGUCCUCGCAGCUACUUCGGUUCUUGGCGACCUUAUGGAAAAAUGUCCACCAGCAGAAGCAUGCCGCGAUGCAUUCGAGCGAAUGAGCAAAGCCACUGUGCAGAUGUGCAUGUCGACGCCGGGAUUCGGAUUCUCGACCGAUCGUGAAGAAUCUCAACCCUCGCUCUCGCGACAAUCGAGCACGCAAACCACCACUACUACGGUCCCCAUGCAGGUUGAUUCGUACCCCCUUCCACCUAUUGCACCAAAGCCCUCUGCGAAGCGGCCACCUCCAAAGUUCGACAUGGAUCUCCGAGAACUCUUCCCGGAAGAUCCCGAACCCAGCACCCGCCCAUCCUACUCCUUCCCUCAACCAUUACGGGGUCUCCAGAGACCACCGACAUUCCAGCAGCAAAUGCAACCGCCAGGGAAACUACAACAACAGCAACAGCAACAGCAACUAUCUCCUCGUCAACCACAAAUGUCCCCUGCGUCGAGUGUCAGCUCCCAUGUCAACAGCACCGCGAGUGCCCAGAGCAACGCUCCCAAUAGCAACUAUUUCAACCAGAAUCGACCUCCGAAUCCUCAACAGCCAUACUAUAUGCAGAACACAUAUAAUCCGGACUUUAUGUCGUCCUUACCUGGGAUGGACUUUUUAAACAAUGCCACGGGGCCGGGCGCCGACGACUUUGACUUUGACGCCAACGGGUUGGAUCUCGGGUUUGGCAUGGGCCUCGAUUUUCAGCAUGAUUGGAGUGACGGGCAGCAAUAUGACUUGUUUGACGGUUUCUUCUUUGGCAACGGCCUAGGUUAUGGUGGUGGAGGUAGCGGCAGCGGUAAUGGGAAUGGCAAUGGCGGUAUGAAUGGUUGA